CGAAUUUAAGACGAAUUUAAAAACUUGUAUAUAUAAUCGAAUUCGAGUUUGGAUUCCCUACUUCAAAGUCUGCUCUCAAAUAAAGAGAUAAAAUCAAGACUAAUUUUACUAAGGCGUGCUAAUACGUACUCCAUCCACAGUCGAUGUGGGAAUGGGAAUCAAGCACCUGGCUAAAAAGCUAAAAGCCACUAGAACAAGUCAAGCUAGAAUCCUAGAAAUUGAGGUCAUCAGUGACGUAGCUGAUAUUAAGUAAAUCUGAUCAAUCCAAAACCCAAAACUGUCAACAGCUUUGAAAAUUAUGCAAACCACUUGGAAUUUUACUAUAUAUUACAGGCUUGCUUAUCAAGAAAAGAGGGGAUUAGAGUUGCAAACUCCUAAAUGGCAGAAGAAGUGAAGCUACUUGGCUUAUGGGCUAGUCCUUUUAGUUGCAGAGUAGAACUAGUCCUGAAGCUAAAAGGCAUACAAUAUCAGUACAUAGAAGUAGAUCUCUUCAACAAGAGUCCUUUGCUUCUCAAGUCCAAUCCAGUUCACAAGAAAAUUCCUGUGCUCAUACACAAUGGAAAACCAAUUGCAGAGUCACAUGUCAUUCUUGAAUACAUAGAUGAGACCUGGAAAAACAAUCCCAUCUUGCCUGAAAACCCUUACGAUCGAGCUAUUGCUCGUUUCUGGGCUAAAUUCAUCGAUGAAAAGAUCGUUCAAACAGCUUCAAAGUUCAGGUCAGCCAACGAGGAAGAGAAAGAGCAGAUCCUUGAAGAACUUGGUGAGCAGCUGAAGGUUAUUGAGAAGGAGUUAGAAGGGAAGGAAUUUUUUGGAGGUGAGAGCAUUGGAUACGUAGAUAUUGUGGCCUUUUUGUUAGUGUAUUGGUUCCAAGUGGGUCAAGAAGUUAUGCAGAAAGAAUGGAUCAAUGAAGAGAAGUUUCCAGUUUUAUGCAAGUGGAUGGGAAAGCUCCAUGAAAUAGAUGUAUUCAAUCAGUGCCUGCCUCCAAAAGACAAACAUUACGCUUAUAUCAGAGCUCAAAUUGAGGCUGCAAAAUCUGCCUCCAAAUAAUUAGUCUUUCAAUGCUUCAUAGUUUCUGAAUUUAUUUUCUUUUCUUGUUGGAUUGCUCUCUACUUUCUCUGCAUCACAUAUCAUUGUGGUUAUGUCCAAACAUUCUGAAUAAAGAGUUUGGGUUUAUAAUUAGGCAA